AUGAAGAGACAAGUAGGUUCUGUACUGAGUGUUUUGUUGGCCCUAGUGAGUGGUGCAGUGUGCUCAGCUGUUUUUUAUCAUAGUGCAGAGACUGGUGGAGUAGAAGAAGUAGAUCCAGAGAAAAAGACUGGUCUAGCCAAACGGGAAGAUAAUGGACUGGAAUGGAUGGAAAAUAACCUAAAAUAUUUGCAAGAUAGGCUGUCAGAAAAGACGAAAAAAGCAAGAAGAGAUGAGGGCACAGAGAAUCUAGCAGAUCAAAAUGCGAAUAAUGGGAUCUGCAGUGCGAGUAGCACUUCUUUUGAAGGUGUGUACGAGAUUUACAACAGAAGAUAUUCUACAUAUAUACUUUUAAUGACAGAGCAAUGUGAUUUAGAUGUAGAUAUAGUUCGGUUGUUUAACAUAGGAUAUCCCCUGGUGGAUAGGCUACUGGACAGUUUGUUUAAGAUUGCAUUUGACCUGAGAGAUGGAGAGAGUAUGGCUGAAGUGAAGUAUGCUCCUGCAGAAGAGAGAAUGGAAAAGUAUACCAACUUACUUUCUCCAAUACUAGAACAUCUUUGGAUAAAAAAAGCGGAUUUUAAAAAAAGUAUACGUCUUUUUAUAAAUUCAAUUACAAAAAAGUUAUCAGAAAAAAAGAACCGGAAGAGCACAGAGUAUUUAAAUUUAUUUAUAAAGCUAGCAGAUAAGUACUUUUAUAGGCUGUUUGUGGAUGAGUCCGCCAGAGAUAGAUUUGCAAAGGCAAAUAGGCUCCUUCUUAACAUAUACUACAAAGACAUCGUGAUAGACGAGAUGGAUAGUGCUCUGUACAAUGCCCUUGAUCUGCACAUUAUCUACACAGAGAACGUAAACUACUUUUUGCACAAUGGUGUAGAUAGGGUAGUAUAUGAAUCAGUAUAUCCAAAGCUAAAAGAAAAGUGCAAGUUCAUAAAAGAGCCCUCCAAGUCUUUCUUGUUCUCUGAAUCCCUAUGCAAAAUUGUGGAGUACUACCAUGAGACUAAAGACCACAGAGAUUUAGAGGAGAGCGAAAUAUCCAUCUGCAAGGAGCCAUGCAAGGCACUAAACAACCCUGAGAGCUACACUCGAAUUGUCCGCACAAUGAUGCAGCCGGUAGAAAAUGACUCUUAUGAGAGCGGAGAUGUAAAAGAGCAGGAGAGACUGAAAGAGUACUACAGCACAGCAGUCCAAGGAACUCUAGAAGAGUACUACAGCAUGGUUCCUUUCUUCUGGAAGAUACACCCGCUGAUGGACUAUCUUUUGACAUCCAACGUAUUCUUUGGCAAUUAUAUUGAAAAAGAGGGAAAAAAAGCAUAUGUUGACUUAUUUAUUGGAACAAAAAACAUAUCAGUAAAUGUUCCCAUCACACUCACUAACCUAGCCAAACUGUGCACACGCGAUGUAGUGCAUAUAUCCAUUUCCAGUGCAGAUAUCUCCGAUAGUGUAAGCGAGAUAGUUGAAUACCUUAAAAAAAGUGUAGAUGUUCGCCUGGCACUCCAGCAUACUUCCGAUGAGAGCUCGUGCUAUUGCUACUCCAGCUCAGAACAGGAUGAAAUAUACCAAUCUAUCUACAGCAAAGUGCUUGACAGAUCGUACACUGGUGCACAUUCGAUAAAAGUGGAAAUAUUUGAGUAUAUUUCCCUGUUCGUCCAAACCAUGUCUAUUUUUUUCAGCUGGAUGUUCUACAACAUGCUGCAAUACUUUGUGGUUGCCAAUGCAAUAGUAAGAAUAUACAUUACGCUCAGAAGAAAACACUCCUACCACAUAAAAAGGCUGUUCAACCUGUUUUCAAUGCUUCUGUGCAUACUUGCCAUAGUCUACAGCUGCAGCCUGGUUAUAGUAACUCUGCAUGAAACACAGUUGAACCAUCUAUUUCCCGUCUUGUACCAUAUUACACUCUCUGUAGUCACUGUUCUACUACUCUCUUGUUCUAUGCUGUUUAAUUUGAACAGAUAUUCGUUUGGAACCAAGGGAAGAAUUUCAUUUGUAAUGAAAAUUAUUUCAUACUCUCUGGCACUGGUCUGUGCUCUUAUAACUCCUGUGCUAUUUAUUCUCGGAGACAUAAAUACCUACACCAUGAAUAUUUGCAGGAACAUGGGAGUGUUUAGCAGUGUACUGUUCUAUGCUGGGGCAUCGCUGGAGAAAGAAGGAUGUGCUAUUUCAAGAGGAGAAAGCGUUGAUAUGCACUACAAAAUAAGAGUCAUAUCAGGGUCUGCUGUUCUAAUGGGAAUGUUCAUCACCUUCUACACGAAUAACAGAUACAUUGGUGUGCACGGCAUCAACAUAAACACCUCGUAG